GUAUACGCAAUGGCAAUCGAUGAACAGAAAGCGCUGGAUGAAUUCUUAGAAGAAAACCUAAAAACCAGCAGGAUCCGACCCAGCAAGUCGCCUUGGGGGGCACCAUUCUUCUUUGUCAAAAAAAAGGACGGAAAACUGCGACCAGUCAGUCGACGGGUGGAGUUCCCCUCACUCACACCCAGUCCCGCGCUGGUUCCAUCCACGAGUCUCUGUACAGCAGUCGUGUUUCACUUCAUCCGGAGGGCCGCAUGCAAGGUUGGCUUCGGCAGGAUGAUCAAGAUAAACUCUCAGGAGCUGCAACGCUCCAGCAGCAUCCAGGCUCAGCAGACUGGUCAGGUCCUCGCUUGUCACCCGAGUCGCCCCACUACAUAG